AUGUCGACAAUGGACUAUUUUCAAAACUCUAACCCUUACCAUUCCGGUCCUCUUGUUCCCGGAAUCAUCGAUACAUCGGACUUUGAGCUCUCCGACUAUCUCCUGCUCGAAGAUGGUUUGGAGGGAGAUUUCUCACAAAGUAUUGCCUCGCCGGAAUAUGGAACCGAGGGCUCCAUCAGUUCGAUUGAAACCGGCAAUCCAACUACCAGGGCUAGUAACAUAAAUUAUAGAAAUGGGGCAAAAAAAAAGGUGGAUGCAGGGUGCAAGGUUGCAUUCAGAACGAAGUCGGAGUUGGAAAUCAUGGAUGAUGGAUUUAAAUGGAGGAAGUAUGGGAAGAAGACGGUGAAGAGCAGUCCAAAUCCAAGGAGAACCAAUGGAUCUCAUAAUUCUGGAAGUCUGAAAGGAUCCACUAGUGAAAUCUGCUUUUUGGCUGGUUAUGCUUUACAGUCUUCUGAUCAUAGGAUCCACGGAGUUUCGAUUUUGUUAUUGGAAGUGCAUGCAGCUCCAGCCUUUUUUGUUUUCAAGGAGGAGGAGCACAAGCCUAAACCAGUAUGCAACUUGGUAGACAACUCAAUAUAA